CUCAGUGAGGAGUUGGACCAGGUCGUUGAGAACUCAGAGCAGGCAGACGAGCGGGACAAGGAGCCAGUCCAAGUCCAAGGUCCAGGGGUCUUGCCAGCAGGCGUGGACAGCGAGUCUGCCUCCAGCACCAUCCGCUUCAGCAAGGCCUGCCUAAAGAACGUCUUCUCCGUCCUGCUCAUCCUCAUCUACCUGCUGCUCAUGGCUGUGGCCGUCUUCCUGGUCUACCAGACCAUCACUGACUUCCGAGAGAAGCUCAAACACCCUGUCAUGUCUGUGUCUUACAAGGAGGUGGACCGCUAUGAUGCCCCAGGGAUUGCCCUCUACCCCGGUCAGGCUCAACUGCUCAGCUGUAAGCACCACUAUGAGGUCAUCCCACCUCUUGCCAGCCCUGGCCAGCCCGGAGACAGGAACUGCACCACCCAGAGGGUCAAUUACACGAAUCCCUUCUCCAAUCAUACCAUGCAGUCGGCCCUGAUUGUCCAGGGGCCACAGGACGUGAGGAAGCGGGAGCUGGUGUUCCUGCAGUUCCGCCUGAGCCAGAGCAACGAGGACUUCAGUGCCAUCGACUACCUGCUCUUCUCCUCUUUCCAGGAGUUCAUGCGCAGCUCAGACAAGGCGGGCUUCAUGCAGGCCUGUGAGAGUGCCUACUCCAGCUGGAAGUUCUCGGGAGGCUUCCGCACCUGGGUCAAGAUGUCACUGGUGAAGACCAAAGAGGAGGACGGACGUGAAGCUGUUGAGUUCCGGCAAGAGACCAGCGUGGUUAAUUAUAUUGACCAGAGGCCUGCUGCCGAGAAAAACACUCAGUUGUUCUUUGUGGUCUUCGAAUGGAAAGAUCCCUUCAUCCAGAAGGUCCAGGAUAUAAUCACGGCCAAUCCUUGGAACACCAUCGCACUCCUCUGUGGGGCUUUCCUUGCAUUAUUUAAAGCAGCCGAGUUUGCCAAACUGAGUGUGAAGUGGAUGAUCAAAAUCAGGAAACGAUACCUAAAAAGAAGAGGCCAGGCAACAAACCACAUAAGCUGAAGCCGUGUCACAGCGCUCUCACCUGACGGAAGCCUUGUCCUCCCAUCGACACACCCAGCCACCAGCAAUCCUGUGCUCACUUGAAAGGACCUUGCAGGGAAGGACAGUCUUUCAAACUGGACGGUCAAACCUGGCCCACAAGGAGGCUGUUCUGAGCCCACAGGCAAACACCCAGUGAAACCUGAACCUUAUUUAAAUCCUUAAAUUAUUAACAGACAUUUUACAGAGCUGUCUAGUGUCUUGGAGAGGGGGUUGUUGAAGGCAGCAUCUUCCUAUUUGUCCAUUAAAUAGUUAAGCUCCA